GUCUUCACUUAGCUUUGACCCUCUGCCCAGCUGAGGAGACAGCCUAGUGACCGCCAUGCAGUGGAUGACGCCCAGACUCUGGGCCCUGGUGUGGGCACUCGCCUAUGCCGCUCAGGCGGACGCCAAGCUUGUUCGGAGCUACAAUCAUGUGAACAGCAUCUGCAGCAUGUGGGGCAGAGAUCACUUCAAGACCUUUGACGGGGACGUCUACCAGUUCCCGGGGAUGUGCGAGUAUAACCUCGCCUCCGACUGUCACUCGUCCUUCCAGGACUUCUCCAUCCACAUCAAGAAGCGGGUCGAUGACAAAGGCCAGAUCACGGUCAGCCGAAUCAUGGUGACAAUUAAGGAGCUGCCCAUUCAACUGACCAAACAGCUGAUUAUGGUUGGGGGAGAAAUCGUCUCCACUCCCUACCAUGUGUCUGGAGUCUUGAUCGAGGAAAACUCGGCGUACACUAAACUCCACUACAAGUUAGGCCUCAGCGUCAUGUGGAACAGGGAGGAUGCCGUUAUGGUGGAGCUGGACCCUAAAUAUGCCAAUCGCACGUGUGGCCUUUGUGGCGACUACAACGGUGUCCCAGUCUACGAUGAGUUCAUCAGCCAAGGCCGUAAAAUAGGUGUUAUUGAAUUUGGCAACAAACAGAAAAUCCACAACCCAAAUGUGGAUUGUGAGGAUCCUUAUGAGGAGGAGGAAGAUGACGAAGAACAACAACAACAACAACAACAGGAAGUUGACUCGUGUUUGGGACCUCGCAGCAGCUGUGCCCAGCGACUCCUCUCUCCUGCCUGGGCCUCGUGUGCCAGCAGGCUGGACCCCAGCCCCUACAUCAGCGCCUGUGCCAUGGACCUGUGCCACCCUUCGCCGCCCGCAAACGAGUCCUCCAUGUGCGCCACGCUGGCAGAGUACUCCCGUCAGUGCUCCCACGCCAGGGGCACCCCACCGAACUGGAGGACACCCACGUUCUGUGCCAUGAAGUGUCCCUACAAUAUGGUGUACUUGGAAAGUGGAUCCCCUUGCAUGAACACGUGCACUCACAUGGAGACCAACUCACUGUGUGAAGAGCACAACAUGGAUGGCUGCUUCUGCCCUGAAGGAACUGUGUUUGAUGACCUUUCAAAAAGCGGAUGCAUACCCAAAGAGCAGUGUCAGUGCAAGCAUGAUAGGAUCUACAACAACGGGGAGGUGCUGAAGAUGGACACUGAGGAAUGUGUCUGCCAUGAGGGCCGGUGGUCGUGUAAGAGCCAUGCCGGUCCAGGGGCGUGUGCAGUGGAGGAGGGGUCUCACGUCACCACCUAUGAUGGCAAAACAUACAACUUCCAUGGAAACUGUUUCUAUGUGCUCUCCAAGGACUGUGUUGGAUCAAAGUUCUCCAUUUUGGGAGAGUUGGCACCAUGUAGUUCCCAGGACUGGGACACCUGCCUUAAGAGAGUUGUUUUCAGACUUCUGAGUGACAAGAGAAAUGACAUCGUCAUCCAGGCUAAUGGUAAAGUGUAUCACAACGCAGAGGUCAAUUUGCCUUACAGCACUGGCGAUCUGACCAUAUUCAAGCCCUCCUCCUUCCACAUCAUCCUGCAAACCCAUUUUGGGCUGCAGCUGCAGAUCCAGCUGGUUCCCAUCAUGCAGCUGUACAUCUCGCUGGACCCGAGCUUUAGGACUAAGACUUGUGGUUUGUGUGGAAACUACAACAUGAAGCUGUCUGAUGACCUGAGGAGUCCUCAGGGUAUGGUGGAGGGCACUGCAUCCUCUUUCGCUAACUCCUGGAAGGCCAAAACCACCUGCGCAGACAGUCCAGACAGGCUGGAUGACCCCUGCUCGAUCAGUGUUGACAAUGAGAACUUCGCCGAGCACUGGUGUUCCUUGCUCAAAGACAAAGAGGCCGCUUUUUCAAAAUGCCACAAAGCUGUGAACCCAGACAUCUACUACAAGAGGUGUAAGUACGCCAGCUGCACCUGUGAUAGGAGCGAGGAGUGCUUGUGUGCUGUGGUCUCCUCGUACGUGCGCGCCUGCUCCACCAAAGGAGUCUUCCUGCCUGGCUGGAGGGACACCGUGUGCAAGAAGUACACAGACCACUGUCCAGCCACCCAGACCUUCUCCUACCAGCUCCAGGGCUGCCAACGCACAUGCCGCUCCCUAGGCUCCGACCGCCAGGCCUGCUCCCCCGACUUCCUGCCUGUGGACGGCUGCUCGUGCCCCGACGGCCUCUACCUGGACGACUCAGGUGUGUGUGUUCCCAUGAACAAAUGCCCCUGCCAGCACAAUGGAGACUACAUCAAGCCCGGCAAGUCCAUCAACAUCAAGGACGAGCACUGUGUCUGCACGAAUGGGAAGCUCCACUGCCGAUCUUGGAAAAGAAUGCCCAAGGGCUGUCCCGCUCCCAAGGUCUUCUUCAACUGCUCUGCCGUGGACAACAACGAUGCUGAGAUGGAGUGUGUCAGGACCUGCAUGCAGCGAAAUGUUGACUGUAUCGCAAUGGAGUGCGAGUCUGGUUGCCGGUGCCCUGCUGGUUUGUUGGAUGAUGGCAGGGGGCACUGUGUGGAGGAACACAACUGCCCGUGCCACCAUGACGGCCACUUCUACUCCUCGGGCGCUCAGAUCCCGCUAAAAUGCAACAACUGCACUUGCAAUAGUGGACAGUGGAUCUGUUCAGAUAAGACGUGUUCAAGCACCUGCACCAUCUAUGGAAGUGGACAUUACCAGACUUUUGAUGAUCAGAGGUUUGGAUUCAAUGGAGAAUGUAGCUAUGUCGCUGUUCAGGACAAAUGUGGGGACACACCUGGCAGCUUCAAUGUGAUCACUGAGAAUGUACCUUGUGGAACCACUGGAACCACAUGCUCGAAAUCCGUCAGGAUUGUUUUAGGGAGAACGGAAGUGAAACUGUCUGAUGGGGCGUAUGAGGAGAUUGACCUGGGGGGAACUGGGCCUCCGAUCAAGUAUACAGUGCGGAAUGUGGGCCUGUAUCUCGUCAUAGAGUCAGUCAUCGGCCUCACUGCAUUCUGGGACAGAAGAACAACAGUUCGCGUUAUUCUGCAGCCGGAACUCAUGGGUAAGGUAUGUGGUCUGUGUGGAAACUUCAACGGAGACGGCAAGGACGACUUCACCACUCAGGGUCAGCUGCUCGUCAGCGACGUCCUGGAGUUCGCCAACAGCUGGAAAGUAUCUACCUGUCCAGACGCAGAAGACAACUUUGACCCCUGCUUUAAAACGCCCAAUCGACACACGUGGGCGAAGAUGCAGUGUGGCAUCAUUAACUCAGACACCUUCAAAAACUGUCACCCGAAGGUGAACCCUAAUCCCUUCUUUGAGAACUGUGUGAAAGACUCCUGCGCCUGUGACAAUGGUGGAGACUGUGAGUGCUUCUGUACGGCUGUGGCUGCCUACGCACAGGCCUGUAAUGAAGCCGGGGUCUGUGUGGCUUGGAGGACCCCAGAUAUAUGUCCCGUUUACUGUGACUAUUACAACGGCCCACUUAAUUGCACAUGGCACUACAGCCCUUGCCACACCCCCUGCUACAAGACCUGCCUCAACCCUGAGGGAAUCUGCAGCGCCCCGAUUCCCAAUCUGGAAGGUUGUUACCCCAUCUGUCCUGAGGACAAGCCCAUAUUUGAUGAGGAAAAGCAGAUUUGCGUUGAGGAAUGUGAAGGAUGCAUCAUCAAUGAUCACGUGUACAAACCAGGCGAGGAGGUCCCCACUGACAAACUCUGCAAUUCAUGUAUCUGUAACCAAAAUGGAAAUCUUACCUGCAACCGAAUUCCUGGGUGUUGUGUGUACAAUGGAACUGAGUAUGAAGAAAAUGAAGUUAUUUACAAUGUGACGGACAAAAUGGGGAUGUGCUACUAUGCUAUCUGCAUAAACCAGACAGUUAUUCAUGAGAGUAAGCCUUGCAUUCCCACACCAUCACCACCAACACCAACGCAAACAACAGCACCCCCAGAACCAACAUCUACAACAGGGAAAACUACUGUGGUGAGCCCAACCCCUGGAACACCAUCUACACCCAGUCCUACACCAACCGAAACAACAGGACCAACAACCCCUGGAACAUCUCCCACAACCCCAGCUUCUGGCACUCCACCACUGAUAUCUACACCAACACCAACCAAACCUCCAGGAACACCAUCUACAACAGAGAAAACCACAGUGGUUACUCUGACCUCUGGAACAUGGCCCACAUCCAUUCCAUCAGAACCUCCGAUGCAAUCAACAACAAUAACAACCCCACGAACAGAACCCACAACAUGCGCUCCCUUGUGUGAAUGGACCGAAUGGUUUGAUGUCGACACACCCCAUGAAAUAGUGGAUGAUGAUGAUGAAACAUAUGAAAAUAUUAAGGAAAACGGUAAAACGAUUUGUGAUAAACCAGAAGACAUAAGGUGUAGGGCUGUAGGCUAUGAGGAUUCCACCUUUGAGGAAUUUAUCAGCGUGACGAGUCAAGAUGUUCAAUGCAAUGUUUCAUUUGGGUUGCUGUGUGAGCAACACAAACAAACACGUCCACCUAAAAAGUGCUAUGACUACGAGAUCCAAGUAUAUUGCUGCACACCAUGCAUCCACCCACCGACACCAACAACAGUCUCAUCAGAGAAAACUACUGUAUCAAGCCCGCCACCAUCAUCAACACUAACCUCAACAACAGGGCGCCCAAUAUCAACCACGACAAUGUAUACCCCAAGAACAGUAUCUACAACAGUGGAACCAACAGUGACAACAGCAGCAACUAGUGCCGGAUCGUCAGCAACAGAAACACCAGUUGUAACAACUAUGUUUACUGUGAGAACAGAGUCCACCUUGUCCCCUCACUUUACAUCAGCCCCUCAAGAAGUGUUUACUACCUCAACAGUAACAAACCCAGAAACAUCCACAACCACAGGACCUCCAAAGCCAACGCCACCAAUCGGAACCCCAGAAGUAUCGCCUACAACAGGGAGAACUACUGUGGUGAGCCCAACCCCUGAAACAGCCCCUCCACCCAGUCCAUCCACAACCACAGGACCUCCAAAGCCAACGCCACCAAUCGGAACCCCAGAAGUAUCGCCUACAACAGGGAGAACUACAGCCCCUCCACCCAGUCCAUCCACAACCACAACCACAGGACCUCCAAAGCCAACGCCACCAAUUGGAACCCCAGAAGCAUCGCCUACAACAGGGAGAACUACUGUGGUGAGCCCAACCCCUGAAACAGCCCCUCCACCCAGUCCAUCCACAACCACAACCACAGGACCUCCAAAGCCAACGCCACCAAUCGGAACCCCAGAAGCAUCGCCUACAACAGGGAGAACUACAGCCCCUCUACCCAGUCCAUCCACAACCACAACCACAGGACCUCCAAAGCCAACGCCAACAAUCGGAACCCCAGAAGCAUCGCCUACAACAGGGAGAACUACUGUGGUGAGCCCAACCCCUGAAACAGCCCCUCCACCCAGUCCAUCCACAACCACAACCACAGGACCUCCAAAGCCAACGCCACCAAUCGGAACCCCAGAAGCAUCGCCUACAACAGGGAAAACUACAGCCCCUCCACCCAGUCCAUCCACAACCACAACCACAGGACCUCCAAAGCCAACGCCACCAAUCGGAACCCCAGAAGCAUCGCCUACAACAGGGAGAACUACUGUGGUGAGUCCAACCCCUGAAACAGCCCCACCACCCAGUCCAUCCACAACCACAACCACAGGACCUCCAAAGCCAACGCCACCAAUCGGAACCCCAGAAGCAUCGCCUACAACAGGGAGAACUACUGUGGUGAGUCCAACCCCUGAAACAGCCCCUCCACCCAGUCCAUCCACAACCACAACCACAGGACCUCCAAAGCCAACGCCACCAAUCGGAACCCCAGAAGCAUCGCCUACAACAGGGAGAACUACAGCCCCUCUACCCAGUCCAUCCACAACCACAACCACAGGACCUCCAAAGCCAACGCCACCAAUCGGAACCCCAGAAGCAUCGCCUACAACAGGGAGAACUACUGUGGUGAGUCCAACCCCUGAAACAGCCCCUCCACCCAGUCCAUCCACAACCACAACCACAGGACCUCCAAAGCCAACGCCACCAAUCGGAACCCCAGAAGCAUCGCCUACAACAGGGAGAACUACUGUGGUGAGUCCAACCCCUGAAACAGCCCCUCCACCCAGUCCAUCCACAACCACAACCACAGGACCUCCAAAGCCAACGCCACCAAUCGGAACCCCAGAAGCAUCGCCUACAACAGGGAGAACUACAGCCCCUCUACCCAGUCCAUCCACAACCACAACCACAGGACCUCCAAAGCCAACGCCACCAAUCGGAACCCCAGAAGCAUCGCCUACAACAGGGAGAACUACUGUGGUGAGUCCAACCCCUGAAACAGCCCCUCCACCCAGUCCAUCCACAACCACAACCACAGGACCUCCAAAGCCAACGCCACCAAUCGGAACCCCAGAAGCAUCGCCUACAACAGGGAGAACUACAGCCCCUCCACCCAGUCCAUCCACAACCACAACCACAGGACCUCCAAAGCCAACGCCACCAAUCGGAACCCCAGAAGCAUCACCUACAACAGGGAGAACUACUGUGGUGAGUCCAACCCCUGAAACAGCCCCUCCACCCAGUCCAUCCACAACCACAACCACAGGACCUCCAAAGCCAACGCCACCAAUCGGAACCCCAGAAGCAUCGCCUACAACAGGGAGAACUACAGCCCCUCCACCCAGUCCAUCCACAACCACAACCACAGGACCUCCAAAGCCAACGCCACCAAUCGGAACCCCAGAAGUAUCGCCUACAACUGGGAGAACUACAGCCCCUCCACCCAGUCCAUCCACAACCACAACCACAGGACCUCCAAAGCCAACGCCACCAAUCGGAACCCCAGAAGCAUCGCCUACAACAGGGAGAACUACUGUGGUGAGUCCAACCCCUGAAACAGCCCCUCCACCCAUUCCAUCCACAACCACAACCACAGGACCUCCAAAGCCAACGCCACCAAUCGGAACCCCAGAAGCAUCGCCUACAACAGGGAGAACUACAGCCCCUCCACCCAGUCCAUCCACAACCACAACCACAGGACCUCCAAAGCCAACGCCACCAAUCGGAACCCCAGAAGCAUCGCCUACAACAGGGAGAACUACAGCCCCUCCACCCAGUCCAUCCACAACCACAACCACAGGACCUCCAAAGCCAACGCCACCAAUCGGAACCCCAGAAGCAUCGCCUACAACAGGGAGAACUACAGCCCCUCUACCCAGUCCAUCCACAACCACAACCACAGGACCUCCAAAGCCAACGCUACCAAUCGGAACCCCAGAAGCAUCGCCUACAACAGGGAGAACUACAGCCCCUCCACCCAGUCCAUCCACAACCACAACCACAACCACAGGACCUCCAAAGCCAACGCCACCAAUCGGAACCCCAGAAGCAUCGCCUACAACAGGGAGAACUACUGUGGUGAGUCCAACCCCUGAAACAGCCCCUCCACCCAGUCCAUCCACAACCACAACCACAGGACCUCCAAAGCCAACGCCACCAAUCGGAACCCCAGAAGCAUCGCCUACAACAGGGAGAACUACAGCCCCUCCACCCAGUCCAUCCACAACCACAACCACAACCACAGGACCUCCAAAGCCAACGCCACCAAUCGGAACCCCAGAAGCAUCGCCUACAACAGGGAGAACUACAGCCCCUCUACCCAGUCCAUCCACAACCACAACCACAGGACCUCCAAAGCCAACGCUACCAAUCGGAACCCCAGAAGCAUCGCCUACAACAGGGAGAACUACAGCCCCUCCACCCAGUCCAUCCACAACCACAACCACAGGACCUCCAAAGCCAACGCCACCAAUCGGAACCCCAGAAGCAUCGCCUACAACAGGGAGAACUACAGCCCCUCUACCCAGUCCAUCCACAACCACAACCACAGGACCUCCAAAGCCAACGCCACCAAUCGGAACCCCAGAAGUAUCACCUACAGCAGGGAGAACUACUGUGGUGAGUCCAACCCCUGAAACAGCCCCUCCACCCAGUCCAUCCACAACCACAACCACAGGACCUCCAAAGCCAACGCCACCAAUCGGAACCCCAGAAGCAUCGCCUACAACAGGGAGAACUACUGUGGUAAGACCAACCCCUGAAACAGCCCCUCCACCCAAUCCAUCCACAACCACAACCACAGGACCUCCAAAGCCAACGCCACCAAUCGGAACCCCAGAAGCAUCGCCUACAACAGGGAGAACUACUGUGGUAAGACCAACCCCUGAAACAGCCCCUCCACCCAGUCCAUCCACAACCACAACCACAGGACCUCCAAAGCCAACGCCACCAAUUGGAACCCCAGAAGCAUCGCCUACAACAGGGAGAACUACUGUGGUGAGUCCAACCCCUGAAACAGCCCCUCCACCCAGUCCAUCCACAACCACAACCACAGGACCUCCAAAGCCAACGCCACCAAUCGGAACCCCAGAAGCAUCGCCUACAACAGGGAGAACUACUGUGGUGAGCCCAACCCCUGAAACAGCCCCUCCACCCAGUCCAUCCACAACCACAACCACAGGACCUUCAACACCAACCACACCAACCACACCAAUAAGAACCCCAGAACCGACUACUCCAUGUGUCUGCACAGUAAAUGGGACCCAGUACAAACCUGGCGAUAUCAUCUAUGAUAAGCAUAACAUUGGCUCAGGGAUCUGUCUCACAAUGAUUUGCUCCGCUAUCUGUGAGAUUCAGAACAGCACAGCACCUUGUCCCACACCCACCCCCGUUCCCACUCCCACUCCUACUCCCACUGUCACUCCAGACUGUCCUGAGUGGGACAAAGUGCAAAAUGAGACCUUUUGGAUCUGCAACUGCACACUGGCACGCUGCAUUGAGGACAACAUCAUUGAGAUUAUCCCUUACGAGUGUCCACCUCUCGAGACUCUCACCUGUGCUAACGGAAAGAAACCAGUGCUAGUUUGGGAUGAGAACCUCUGCUGCCAAAAAUACGCCUGUGACUGUUACUGUGAAGGAUGGGGAGAUCCCCACUAUGUGACAUUUGAUGGGCUUUCCUAUAGCCACCAAGGAAACUGCACCUAUGUGCUAAUGGAGGAGAUCCACCCCGUGUUCGAUUUUAAAAUCUACGUUGACAAUGUCAAGUGCGACCCCAGAGAGGAUGUGUCCUGUCCACGCUCCGUCAUCAUCUCACACAAGUCAGACGUCAUCACGCUGAAGAACAACAACCUCAUGGGCCCGGCCAAACUGGAGGCACAGAAGGAUGGCACCACACUGAAGCUUCCGCAUGCAAAGAACGGGAUUAGGGUCUCAGGCUCUGGUCUGAAACUGAUCUAUGAGAUUCCAAAGUUGCAAAUAGUGGUGACCUUCGGAAUAGUAGGGUUCACAGUCAACCUUCCUUUCCAGCUUUUCGGCAAUAACACACAAGGACACUGCGGAACCUGCAACAACAACCCACACGAUGACUGCAGGCUGCCUGACGGCCGGCUCGUUGACAGCUGUGCUGUGAUGGCUGACUUCUGGCCUGCCCAAGACGUCUACAGACCAGACUGUCCGGUGCCCGAUGUGGUGCCCACUGGCAUGCCACUCCCAUUGCCAUCACUCAGACCUUGUGGCGAACACCCAGUGUGUGAUCUCAUCAAGAGCGAUUUGUUUGCAGAGUGUCAUCCGCACAUCUCUCCCGACCGCUUCUUCGACGGAUGCGUGUUUGACAGCUGUCACAUGGUCAAUCCGGUUGUUCAGUGCACCAGCUUGCAGAUCUAUGCGGAUGCUUGCAUCCAGGUCGACGUGUGUGUCAACUGGAGGAACCACACCACUCUGUGUGCCAGCGACUGCCCAGCUGACAAGGUCUACAAGCCUUGCGGUCCCGCUGAACAGCCAACAUGUGAUGAAAGUCUCAGUGGCCCAGGCAUGAAUGUGGUCACGGAGGGCUGCUUCUGUCCUGAGGGCACCAAACUCUUCAGCAAAGACUCCUCUGUGUGUGUGGACAAAUGUGGAUGUUUGGAUCCUGAUGGUAAAGCACGAGAGUUCGACGAGAGGUUUGAGCACAACUGUCAGGACUGUGUAUGCGAGGAGUCCACCAAAGCCAUCAGCUGCAAGUCGAAGCAGUGCCCGCCACCCAGUAUCACCCCCUGUGCUCAACCAGGUUUCGUCCUGGUCAACACAACCGACCCAUCUAACCCCUGCUGCACACUGCUCACCUGCCGAUGCGACAGCUCACUGUGUCCUACCCCUAAUAAGAGAUGCUCUGCGGGCUACGAGCCAGUGCUAAUGCUAACAGAGGGAAAAUGUUGCCAGGAGAUCGGCUGUGAGCCCAAGCCAGUCUGUCUACACAAACAGUUGGAAUAUAAGCCUGGAGAGAGCGUACCAGUGAUACCCUGUCAAGACUGCAAAUGCUCUGAAGAGAAAGAUCCCAAGUCACCAUGGUUAGAAGUCAAAUGCCAUAUGAUGAAUUGUAAUGAAGACUGCGAACCUGGAUAUGAAUACCAGACUGACGAUUAUGACUACGAUGCGUGCUGCGGCGAGUGCAUCCAGACUCACUGCGCUCUUAACGUCAGCGGAACAGUGCAACUGCUGGAGCCUGGCAGCACCUGGUUCCCCCAUGACAGCAAAUGUGUGGCAUACAGCUGCACUAAAGUGGGAGACAAAUUUAUAGCUUUCAAGUCAGACAUCCAGUGUCCCCCAUUCAAGGAGAGCAACUGCCAGCCUGGAACCAUUCAGACUCUCUCCAAUGGCUGCUGCAAAGUUUGUGAGCAGGUGAGCACCGGCUGCCAGGUAGAGACGAUGCUGAAGACAAUCACUUACCAAGGCUGCCAGUCUCAGGAAGAGGUGGAGAUAUCCCACUGUGAGGGAUCCUGCAAUGCAUUCAGCAAGUACUCCGAGCUGGAGGCCUCGAUGAAGCACACCUGCACGUGCUGCCGUGAGUCCCGCACCAGCAACCGCACUGUGAGUCUCACCUGCCUGGACGGCUCCAAGGUGCCCCACACCUACAUGCACGUGGAGGAGUGCCAGUGCAGCGCCAAGCUCUGCGACGACAGCAGCCCGUGGGCACCGCGCCGCACAGGGACGGGCUCGUUCGGCAGGGUCACGCCGAGAAGGAGGAUCAGCACCGGAGGCCAGAGCCCCAUAGUCAAGAGAAGCCUUUCAGACAGAGGGGGUUAGAGACAAUAGAGAUGCGUAUACAUGGUCCUGACCUUUUGCUGUCAUGAUGAUGUUGAUCUCUCUCAACCCCACCAAACCUAGUUCAUUACACAUGUUAGAGUGAAAUGCACAGGGACUAUGCUAUCUUAUGUCACUUUAAAGCGCUUUAUUAGUUUAUCUGUUAACUACUGCAUAUGUUUAAAUGUCUCAAUAAUAUAUCCUUGCUUCCUGUGGUAUAUAUAUAUAUAUAUAAUAUAUCCUUGUUCUUCUUAUGAAUUAAACUGCAAUUACAAAAAAAA